GUCUAUCUACCGGAAAGUGCAGUUUGAGGGCGCACACUUUUCAAGCUAAAUUUCUCUUUUUAUAAAAUCAAUAUGUCAUUAAAAACGCUUAAAAGAGUAGCCCUAGUAGGAGGAGUAAUGGCUUUGGGAGGUGCUGGUUAUUUCACAUAUAAAAUUCAAAAUAAUUUUCGGAAUGCAGUAUAUACUCAGAAGGCUAUAUUUCUCUUUGAAAAUUAUCCAGCAGCAAAUGACCUUAUAGGUAAACCUUUCCGAUACAAGAAUAUAGACUUAGGAGAUACAAAAAAGAACUUCGUAUUUGAACAUCGGGCUCAGUUAGAAAUUCCUGUAAACGGUUCAAAGGGAGAUGGGAAAAUGUUUCUAUUUGCUCAUAGGGAGAAAUUAAAUCAAGAUUGGGAAUUAGAAAAAUUGGAUAUGGAAGUAAAGGGAACAAGGUGGACAUUCUGGAUGAAUCCCGAAAAGCCCGAUAUUCAGAAAACUACAACAGAAAAUCCUGACACAAAGAGUGUUAAAAAAUCUGCAUGA